AUGAAUCGCUACAUCAUCUGCCUGUUGCCAAGUCUGCUGUUCUGGUGGGCACCGAUAGUGACUGUCCUACCUUUGCUGGAAGCCCGCCCACAAGUGACGGUCGCUCCUACCAGUCAAACUCACGGGGAUGAGCACACCUCUGUGUCACCUGAUGGUUCGUACUGGACAGAUUCUGGGGCGGCUUCGUCAACGGCUUUCUACGAAUCCCAUGACUAUGGCGAAGAACCGGACAACGUCACAAUGGGUAAUUGGUCUCUAAUCACAGGUGACCCACUAGUUGCCUCCACAUGGUCCCUGCAUGGAGUGGCGAUCCGCUCUACAGUGACCGGCGUCUUCAGCGUGGUGGGUACCAUCGGCAACGGUCUGGUCAUCCUAGCCUUCUGCACCUACAAGCAGGUACGGACCUCCGCCCACACCUUCAUCCUGAGCAUCAGCAUCAGUGACAUCAUGAUGACCGGUUUCCAGUAUCCAACAGCGAUGGCCUCCAUGAUCAUCGGUGCUCCUGCUCUGGGAGAAACCCUGUGCCCCAUGGUGGGCGCCUUGUUAUGCUUAAGUAUCUACGUAUCGUUCUUAUCUAUGGUCCUGAUUGCCUUCAACAGAUGCAUGCACAUCACAAAGUCACCAAGUACAUACAGGAAGCUGUUCACCCCGGUCAAGUCGUUCUUGUGGGUUUUGUUGUCGUGGGUUGUGGCUGGGUUGUUGCUAAUUCCGGGGUUUCUCGGCUAUGGCGAAUUCGGUUGGAGCAAGUACCAGCUCUGCAGCAUAGUGCACGAACACCCGUACAGUCCGUAUUACAUGUCCAACGUCUUCGGAAUCACCUAUUGCAUUGUGUUCUUUGUAGUCGCCGGCAUUUACACCAGAAUCUACUUCUUCGUGAAAGAUUCUGUGGUGACCAUGGCCGCAGCGAAUCUAAACCUUGUCAAUCGCAAUCAGUACGUGUCCAAAAGAGUGAUCAAACAGACCAAACACAUGUUCAUCAUCUUCAGCGCGUUCACAGUCAGCACGGCCCCCAGUGUCCUGUUGUACAUGAUCAAUGUGCACGACAGCUUCUUCCCCUUUGAGGUGAUCUAUGUGGUGUUCAUCGUGUACCGCCUGAACCACGUCCUCAAUCCGUUUCUGUUCGCCUGGAAGCUGCGCGUGUUUCGGCGCGCGUUUAAGGCCCUCCUACAAUGCAAGCGGCAGCUGCCCUUCCAACCGGGAGACGGUCCUCAAUUCUAG